AUGUUGGCACCGCGAUGGAAACACACUCCCAUGCUCUCGUUGGUGGCGCCUCUUCUUUUGGCGCUCGUCUACACGCUCUUGUUCGUGUCGGAACUGUUUCUGAUCCCCAAAGGUCCGGACGAAGCACCCCCGGACUUUCUGACUUUGACUGGCGUCAUGACGGUGUUUGCCGAUCCCACCAAUGCGCUGGGUUGCUGGGUUCACUAUUGUGCCUACGAUCCCUUGAUUGGCCGGUGGAUGGUCAUGGACUCGAUCGAACGAGGAGCCUCCAUCAAAUUUCACAUUCUGGUGAUGCUGCCGCUCUUGACAAUGGCUCUAUUGAUGGGACCAAUGGGAUGGUUGGCAUAUAUGGUUGUGGCGGCGCCUCUCCUCUCCAUGUCCGGAACUGACGCCAAGAAAAAAGUGGGUUGA